AUGAGGCCCAAGCGCGGGAACGUGCUGGUCGCGCUGGCCGCCGUCCUGCUCUUCAGCUUCUCCUGCUUCUGCAUCUCCAGGCUGACCCAGACCAGUAAGCCGCGGGACGCCCCCCUCCCCGCCGCCUCCCCGGAGGGGCCGGAGGCAGCGCCCACGCCGUGGCCCGGCGGGCGGUUGGGCCGUAACGGGCGCCCCGGGAGCUCGCCCCCCCCCCACCCCGGGGCUGUGCCGCGCGCGGGGCCCCGGAGCGCGUGCCGGGCCGCCGCCUGCCGCCGCUUGCAGCCACGUAAUCAAUUAAUUAAUUGUAGAAACCAUAUUUUGGAGUUUAAGGAAAAAAUGCUACGUUUAAAAAACAAGACUGAAAGAAAUCGCCAAGAGCUGAUCAAAGCCUUGAGUAAAAUAAAGUACGAAAUGACACAGAGAAAAAAUAUGUCAGUAAACUUAGUUGAGAAGAAAGUGAAUACAUUGGGUAAGAAUGAAACCGUGUCUGAUACGUUUGAAAUCCUAAAGUUCUUUUUUCCUCAUCUAAGGAAAGUAGGCAGGAUUUAUCCUGAUGUAAUCUUUGGCAAAAAGAGAACAGGCGUCUCUUUUGCACUGGGUAUUUCCACUGUUAACAGAGGGAAUCAAAGUUACCUGAGUCAAACACUGAAUUCUGUUGUCUCCAGGAUGUCUCCUUCAGAAGAGAAGGACUCUGUGGUGAUUGUCUCUGUCGCAGAUAGAAAUGAAGAUUAUUUAAAAUAUGUUGUGGACAUGAUUACAAAAAGAUUCAAAAGGCAACUUAAGUCUGGAUCCUUAGAAGUCAUUUCAAUACCUGCCUUUUUUUAUCCAAACAUAUUACCUCUCACACAGUCAACUGAGGACUUGGGAAAAUUAGAGAGUUGGCGCAUCAAACAAGUACUGGAUUUUUGUUUUUUGAUGUUGUAUGCCCAACCCAAGGCUAUGUAUUAUUUACAGCUAGAAGAUGAUAUCAUAGCUAAAAAGAUGUACUUUACGAAAAUCAUAGAUUUUGUGCAUAGUGGUACUUCAAAUAAUUGGUUUUAUAUUGAGUUUUCAAUUCUUGGAUUCAUAGGAAAGCUGUUUAAAUCUGAGGACUUAACUGACUUUGUACGUUUUUUUUUAAUGUUCUACAAAGAUAAACCCAUAGAUUUGCUCUUGGGGGACAUUUUUCAGGUAAAGAUGUGUGACCCAGGAGAAACUCCUGAAAAAUGUGCAGAACGAAAUAAGCACAUUCGUAUUCGAUAUAAACCUUCUCUUUUCCAGCAUGUGGGUAUACAGUCAUCAUUCCCUGGAAGAGAACAAUAUUCCAAAGAUAUUUAUUAUUAGGAGUCUCAUAAUUCAAACACCUUCUUUGAAAAUGAUCGGCAUCAUUCUUUGGAAACAAUGGCAUAAUAAGGAUUAGUCUUAGUUCUCAAUUUUCUUCAUAGUGGAUAAGAGACUUUAUCAUAUACAAAAAUUUAAACCUUUGACAAUAUAGUGAAAAUAUGAAGAAUAAUAAGUGUAACAAGAAAAAAACUCUGUAAUACCUUGAAACCUCAGAUAACCUUACUUGCUCAUGGCAUCUUUCAGAAAUUACAAUAAUGAAAAUGCAUAAUUGUAUAGAAGAGGAGAAAAUAGAACUACUAGGCUUGGAAGUAUUAAACUACCUCUUAUGUCAAGAAAAAUUAGAAUGUUUAUUUAUGAUGUUUGUACCACUACUAUUACAAUUUAAUUUAAAAAUAGU